AUGAAAGUGUUUCUCUCUUUACUUCUUACCGUUGGUAUUGCCUGUGGUGCAAUUUUACCAAGCAAACCCGACUGCUCUUUUGCAUUCUGUAUAAUGAGCUUUCAAGUAUGUCCAGAUGGCACACCAGCUCCAGUUCCAGCUGAUGGAUGUUGUCCAUCAACGAGUGCUUGCAAAGCUAUUGAGGCUCCAGUUAAACCUAUCACAAACUGUGCUUUUGCUAUGUGUACCAUGUCUAUUAAACGUUGUCCUGACGGAUCAAUGGCUCCCAUACCAGCUGGUGAAUGUUGUCCACAUGUUAAAGCUUGUAAAACACAUGCUGUCGAUAGUCGAAGCAAUCCAUUAGGCUCACUUGGUUCACUUCUUUCUGGUUCCAAUAUUUUACAAACAUUGUCUACAGCUACACAUGGUACUAACUUGGGAACAGUUUUAUCAAUUGUAAACUUACUUAACAAUGUUCAACUUUUAUCAAACGAUAUUCAUCAAAUUCCACUUUUGAUUAAUCAAACACUCGGUGCUAUUCUUAACACAACAGGGCAAGCUGGACAAAUCGUUGUUGAUCAAUUAAUCGGUGCUCUUGGUAACGCUCAUCAAACUCUUCUUCAAGAAACACUUCAAGGUCUCCUUGCUGGUGUUCAAAAUAUUGUACCACAAAAAAAUUAA